AAGGUGUAACUGUCCGCCUUCUAUUUUAAGAAUCAUCACUUUUAUACAGUUCCUACGCAUUUCACAAGCGAGAGAUUUUCAAAUUUAUAUCAGUUACAGUUUGGAUAAGGUAACUGCCAGUAUAAGCGCCAGAAUGUCGGGUGAUUUGGAUAAAGAUCAAAUUGCGCUUCUCAAAAAAGCAUUCGACACCUUCGAUGUCGAGAAAAAGGGUAGCAUUGGUACCCAAAUGGUGCGUACCAUCUUUACCAUGUUGGGUAUUACCACCACCGAGCAAAUUUUGAAUGAAAUCAUUGCCGAAGUCGAUGCCGACGGGUCUGGUGAACUGGAAUUCGAAGAAUUCAUUACACUGGCAGCCAAAUUCAUGGUUGAAGAAGAUGCUGAAGCUAUGCAACAAGAACUUAAAGAAGCUUUUCGUUUAUAUGACAAAGAAGGCAAUGGAUACAUUUCAACCAAAACACUGAAAGAAAUCUUAAAAGAGUUGGACGACAAACUGACCAACGAAGAAUUGGACAUGAUCAUCACUGAAAUUGAUACUGAUGGAUCUGGAACAGUUGAUUUUGAUGAAUUCAUGGAAGUGAUGACUGGUGGAGAUGAUUAAAUAGCAAGCAUCGUUAAAGUAUUAUUUAUUAAGUAAAAUACCCUUUUAUAAAAAACCAAAUAUUGUUAAUUUUUUAUGUGACUGUAAAUAGUUUCAUGUUUUUUGUUUAAAUAAACAUUUGUUAAAACUA